CCGACAAUGAUGCUCCUCCUGCUCCUCCUCCACGCCGCCGCGGCGAAAAUAAGAGGAGUGCAGGUCCUCGCCGUCGGCACGAAGCCUAGUUUGGGCGGCCCGCUGCAGACGCCGGCCGCCCAGAAGGCCCAGGACAAAGAUAUAAAAUACAUAAAGAAGAAGAAACCGCGGCAGGCGCUCGCCCACGACGCGGCGCGCUGGUUCGGGAGCCGCGGCUAUGUUGUGGAUGAUGUCGGAGUCAACACCCAAACAGUGGGAGACGACGAGCUCGUGGUGCUCUCGGCGCGGGUCCUGCCCUGCGGUCCCAUCCGACUACGAGCGGCGAACGGCACUCAUGUAAGGACGAAGCCGGGGACGGUCGCGCGCGCGCUGGGCUUGAGAAAAGGCCAGCCGUUCCGCUGGGACCCUACGAGGCUGGCAGCGUUGAUACGGGAAGAUGGUGGUCUUUUUAGGGCCGAGGCGACGCGGGCGCGAGCCUCCGUGGAGGACGGGGUCGUGGCUUUGGAUUUAACUGUCGCGGAGCCCUCGUACCGCACGAUCACGCCCGAGCUCGAUGUCGACGCGGACCGGGCGCGGGUCUUCCUGCGCGUGCAGGACCGCAAUCUGUUGGGACUGGGCUGCGAAGGGGAGGUCGAGGCGAGCUGUACAAGGCGGUGCAUAAAUCAACCAGUGAGUCGGUUGCGUCGAUGGCGUGGAGGUCGACGCGACGAUUCAGCUCGAAUGCGACGUGAAAUUUUGAUUUAUGGCACAGGUACGAGGAAAGAGGCGCCCGAGCUUGCGGCUUCGUUGGCGCACCGCGGGUUGAACGGGCGGGGCUGGUCGGCUCGUUUAAAACCGCUCGGCCUGAAGUCUCUGAGUACGCAGUUCGACGGACGGCGCGCGAACACGCUGGUGGAUGUAGAAGAAGUCCAGGACGGCGCGAUCUCGUCACUCACGCUCGCGAAGCGACGCUUCGGCAGCGCCUGGCGCCUCCAGCUGGGCCAGCGGUCGCGCCUGGGGCCCUUCGGCAAGGUCGGUCUGGCCUUGAAGCGGGGACCGUUCGAAACUUACGCGAGCGUGGGCCGGGGCAAGCCGCUCCAAGAGCGGGGCCUCGCGGCGCCGCGGCUCUACGAGCACGUCGGGAAGGAUCGGAAGGACGCCCUGGCCGAUGAAUUUGAUGGUGGUCUGAUCGGCGCGCGCGUCGAGGUCGACCGGAGCGUGCGGGACGGUUUCCUGAGCGUCUUCGCGGACGCGUGCGCCGCCAAGGACUGGGGCGCUGAACGAGUGACGGACGCGGCCUACGGCGUCUCCGCGAGCUACUCGCUGCUGCGCGUGGACGUGACGAAGCGGCUGUUCGGGGGCAAGGCGCGGCCCGCGGUGACUUUGAGACUUGCGGACGGCGUGGGAGGCGUCCGGUGCCCUUGA